ACCUUACACACCUGAGGCUCCAAUGAAAUCUUGCCAGAGCUUCAAGGAGGAGGUGUCAGUCCCAAGCUCAGGAGGUAUGGCCCAGGAUGAUGGGCGCAGAACGCACACGUCCCAGACGUACUACCAGCCCCCGGACCUGGACCUUACUGGGAAGUUGUUUAAGCGGGAGGGGGGCGGUAAGCCAUAUUCCGUGCUGGUGGACAAUAAGAUGGGAGCCAAGGGGCUCCUGGGGGAUGCAGUUCCCGGGCAAGUGAACCCCCAACAGCAGCAGCAGCAGUAUUACAGGGAGGCGGGGGCCCCAGGGUUGGAUUCGGGCACGCCAGGGGCCCCGGGGGCCCCACAAGCUGGGGUGGAGACAUCCGAUGACUCGGAUGGCUCUGAGGAAGAUGACGAGGAGGAAGAGGGUGACGAAGAGGUGACGGAGUCGUUUAAACGGGAGCAGAUCAUCGUAGAGGUGAAUUUGAACAACCAGACCCUCAACGUGUCCAAGGGCGAUAAUAAGCAGCCCUCACCCCCGGCCUCAACAGACACGUCUGGCAGGGUGAAAUCCGGGAGCGAGGAAGAGGAGGAGGAGGAGGAAAGCAUGGAGGAAGAGGAGGAGGAAGAUGAAGAGGAUGAGGAAGAACCAGAAGAGGAGGAUGAUGAUGAAGAAGAAGAGGAGGAGGAGGAAAGGGAAGGCCGAAGAACAAGAGCCAAGAAAUCCCAGCGGAGCGAAGUGAGCAGCGACGCCAGCCCCACACCGCCACAGCGCAAGACCCGGCGGACCACCAUGGCGGCCGCCAGCGCCACAGCGCCUGGUGUGACCACAAGGGGGAGACGGCGCUGUGCGGAGCAGCCCAAGCGGAAAUCGCGGCCGGCCCGGGAGCCCAAGGGGGCCGUUUCGCGGCCCACACCCUCGGACGCGACGGCGCCCGCGGGCAAGGCAGGGGGCGAUGAGCGGGAGACCUUGGCGUGUGAGAAGUGCCCGCGUGUCUUCAACACCCGCUGGUACCUCGAGAAGCACAUGAACGUCACGCACCGGCGCAUGCAGAUCUGCGACAAGUGCGGCAAGAAGUUUGUGCUGGAGAGUGAACUGGCUUUGCAUCAACAGACGGACUGCGAGAAGAACAUCCAGUGCGUGUCCUGCAAUAAGUCCUUCAAGAAGUUGUGGUCCCUGCACGAGCACAUCAAGAUCGUGCAUGGCUACGCGGAGAAGAAGUUCGCCUGCGAGAUAUGCGAGAAGAAGUUCUACACCAUGGCUCACGUACGCAAGCACAUGGUCGCCCACACCAAGGACAUGCCGUUCACCUGUGAAACAUGUGGGAAGUCCUUCAAGCGCAGCAUGUCCCUGAAGGUGCACUCCCUGCAGCACUCGGGGGAGAAGCCCUUCCGCUGUGAGAACUGCGACGAGAGGUUCCAGUAUAAGUACCAGCUGCGGUCCCACAUGAGCAUCCACAUUGGACACAAGCAGUUCAUGUGCCAGUGGUGUGGCAAGGACUUCAACAUGAAGCAGUACUUCGACGAGCACAUGAAGACCCACACGGGCGAGAAGCCGUUCAUCUGCGAGAUCUGCGGUAAGAGCUUCACCAGCCGGCCCAACAUGAAGCGGCACCGGCGGACCCACACGGGCGAGAAGCCGUAUCCCUGUGAGGUGUGUGGCCAGCGCUUCCGCUUCUCCAACAUGCUCAAGGCUCACAAGGAGAAAUGCUUCCGGGUCACCAGCCCCGUCAACCUGCAGCCCAGCGGCCUCCCUCUAUCGCUACACCUUCCGGCCCCCUCCUCGUCCGGCCCCGCCCCCGGUCCAGCCCCGGUGCCCUCCGUCGGCCCCCAGGUCACCGGCGCCCCCGUCCCCGCCUCGCCCCUCGGCCUCAGCCCCUCCGGCGGGCCCCUCCCCCCCAGCCGGCCGGUGGGCCACACCUUCACACAGCUGCACCUGCACUCGCACCCCUCCCACCACCAGCACCACCACGCCCCCCAUCCGUCCCACCACCACCUGCCGGUGCCGCCCGUCUCGCACCUGCCGCCGCCCCCGGCUCUCUUCAAGAGCGAGCCACUCAACCACCGCGGGCACGAGGACGGCUACAUGCGGCAUAUGACACCUCCCGACAAGGGCACGGGUGCCCCCCCGCACCACUGAGUGCCGCUGCCGGAAGGAGAGACUCGCACAGCACGGCGACAACUGGCCCACGCCUCACCACCUCCCUGGACUGGGGGAGGGACGAACCGGGUGCUGGAGGGGGUCCCCGCUUCCAGUGCCACCUGUCUCUGUUUGA